AGUAGACAACAAUUUGAAGCGAAAAAUGAGUGAAAUCUUUAAGAAUGUCUCAGAAUUGGAGCAAUUCUUCCGGAAUCUGGGAAUUGAGUACAGAUUCAACUGUUAUUACGAGAAGAAUGGCGAGGGUUGUCAUCUUUUGGGCGAAUAUAUGUCUAAAAUAGAGGACGAUUUGAUCCGUUCAACCAAAGUAUUCAAAGACAAUUGCGAUAACAAUGGGUUCGCCAGAAGUUGUACUCAAUUUGGUGUCAAUCUUCUUAACGGAACCGGCUGUGCGAAAGACGCGAAGAAAGCGGUCGAGUAUUUGAGCCGCGGAUGCGAUCUGAAUGAUAACGAGGGCUGCUUUUAUACGGGACAACUGCUGUCGGGCGCCGAUCCGCAGUACUUGAAUCGAAAGGCUGGCUGCUUUUAUACGGGACAACUGCUGUCGGGCGCCGAUCCGCAGUACACGGGAACCGUUGAGCCCGACAUCAAGAGGUCGGUGAAGAGUCUGGAGAAGGGCUGCGAACUGACCGGAAACGGCGCGAUCGCCGCCGAGUGUUGUUUUUAUUUGCAUUCGUUUUAUCUCUUCGGCAAAAACGGCUGCGAAAAGGAUUUGCCGAAAGCGUUGAAGUAUGGGAUCAAAGGAUGCGAUUUAGAUAACGUCCAGUCGUGUAAUAAUUUGAGUCAAAUGUAUGCGUUAGGGACGGGCACUGCCGUCGAUGAGGUGUUGGCCAAGAAGUACCGCAUUAAGAGUAUAGAUAUGAUCGAACAGAUGAGGAAUGCCAGACAUAUUGACACACAAAGAACUUGA